AUGGGAUGCCGCCACUCGAAAGCUGAUGAUAUCGUGAUGUCGCUCACGGCGAGAGAAGGUCAAAAGAGGCUCCGGGACAAUGUCACGUUGGACUUGAUCCAGCACAAGUACAUCAGUGACAUCAGCGAGUUCUUUGAUGUGAGCACCGCUAUUGGUACGAGUUACUUUAGCUGCGUUAAGCACGCGGCAAGCAAGAAAUCUGGCAAAGCGUGGGCGGUCAAGAUCGUUGCGCUGGGCAAUCAAGUCGAUCGCGAUGCUUUGUGGAAUGAAAUCAGCAUCUUGAAGCGACUGCAUCAUCCUCAGAUCGUGCAGAUCCGUGGAUCCUUCGAAGACAAAGAGCAUCUGUACAUGGUCAUGCAGCUCUGUGAAGGUAAAGAGCUCUAUGAACAGUUGUACCAAGAGCAGCGCAAGUUCACAGAGAGCGACGUACGCAAAGUCAUUCGUGCGCUGCUGCGUGCUCUAGUCUUUUUGCACUCGAACUCGAUCAUCCAUCGAGACUUGAAGCUCGAGAAUUUGUUACUGACAGACGCUACCGAUCCAGGCUCGAUCCGUCUGUGUAACUUCGGUCUCAGUACACGCUUGCAGCGAGGUGAGAAGCUGAUUGAACCAGUGGGGACGAUCGAUUACGUGGCGCCAGAAGUAUUGGACGGAGAGUACGACGAAAAGUGUGAUCUCUGGAGUGUGGGCGUGAUCUGCUUUGAGCUGCUCACCGGGACGUCGCCAUUCCACGGGGACACAAUCGAUGAUACGAUGGCAAAGAUCUAUGACGGCGUCUUGAUCUUUGAGCCCGAGGUCUGGUCCCAGUUCUCUCCGGGCUCUGUUCUUUUCAUCAAGUCGCUGGUGAAAGGAGAUGUUAACGAGCGCUUGUCGGCGAAACAGGCACUGGCGACGUACUGGCUCAACGAAGAAGAGAUCAUGAGUGUCGACCCCUCGCUUACAACCCGAGCUCAGAAUGAUACCCGCGUACUGCUGACCAAUAUGCGUCGCUUUGGAAAGUAUCAGAAGCUGAAACAAACGGCACUCUUGGCGGUAGCUCUCGUGCUCUCGGAUGACUACAUGCAGCAGAAAAUUGCAGCCGAGGUGUUCUACUCAAUGGAUUCCACGAACACAGGGUCACUAUCGCGUACGGCGUUCUGCCGUACUUUGCUCACGAGCGGUCUUGCAAAUGAGGAGGACAGUAGCACGCUGUUCCAGUGCAUCAAUCAAUCCAAGAGUGGCUACAUCAACUUCCUGGAGUUCAUGGCUGCGACAAUCGACGAGCGCGAGAUCAGCACGGACACUAUCAAGGAGGCGUUUAGCAUUUUCGAUAGCAAGAAUCACGGCCGGUUACCAGCGAUCGGACCUCAGCACGUGGUCCGAAACGCGGUCAAAGCUGAAGAAGUGGACGAGCUGAUUGCAUCGAUGGACAGUAAAAAGGAGGAUGGAGACGUGGACUUUCACGAGUUCCAAGGUCUCUUUGUUGUUGCUGGGACUGGGAAAGAGGCGAUUGGAUCGCAAAGUGCUACAGCGGAACGAAGCGUGGCGUCUGCAGUGGAAAUGGUUACCAGCGCAUUGCUGGACUCGAAACCCCAUGGUGUGGAAAUUCCUAUUGGAAAGUCCGAGAGUUUCAAUACGGGCACGGACAGCCUGACGGAUACUUCGAUCGCGAGUUCCACUCCAAGUGUGACGAGCUACUACGAGUCUGGACUGACGCUGGCGACGCGACACGAACCUAUGCUUGUAGCUGGUACUUAA